AUGUCCUAUAACACCUCUAUUUUUUCCAAGAUCAUGCUUGCUCAGAACGGUGCUGAUGAGACUGAGGCCGGUGAGAUCGCGACUCUCGUUGUAUAUAAACGUUUGCAGGACGGGAACGCAGUGUCCCCAACACUGGGGGUUACACAUGGUCCACUCAACCAUGAAUCAGCCGCACAAGAGACACCAAUGCCCGUCACAGACCUAUCGUUGGAUUGGACGAAGCUCGGGGACAUCGAUCUUACGUUGAUGAACGAGUAUUUUAACGAUCCCGCGGCGAUGUCAUGGGAUAAUCCUCCUUAUCACCCGCCGACUUCCGUGCAGAUGGAUAAUAUUCAGGGUGAGCUCGCUGCACCGUUUGCGAGCUCCUCUGUGGCCUGUCAGGAGUCUUUUAACGACUCCAAUAUCGGGCGCACAAUGAGUCACGCCCCGAUCAAUAGUUUUGACAUCGUAUACGAGCCCACAAUGGGUGCAAUUUCUGCACCAAUAUUCCCCUUCCAGCAGCAUAUGUCUGUGGGCACAUCAAGGCGGCAAACCAAUCUGCCUCAUCAGAGGGGCACCCCAUACAGGGCCAUCUGGAGUCUACCUAACCCGGUACCACACCAUGGGCAAGAUGAUGGUCUGGGGUACUUGGGAGGCGCAUACAGUAUUCAAGACACCUCAAUCUUGCCGAGUCCAGCUUUUGGAGAGACAAGACAUCAAAAUGGUACGUCCGAGAACCAAGGACGCAACGAGCUAUAUGGCUCCGGGUCCACGCCCGUUGAGCCAACAUCCACAACGAAUGCUGGAUCAUCAGGCAAUUCUCGAAGGUAUAUUCUGAUUUCCCAUCUCUCGAAAUUUGUAGGACUGACACAAACAGUUGCAGAUUCGAGCGGCAAAGCAAGCCAGAAAGUGGAAGGUGCGCAUAUUCAAAGAAUCACAUACCGACUGUUUUAA